AUGGCGACUUUUUCAUUAGCUAAAAGUUUGGUUAACCCAGCUUUAAAGUUGGUGCUUAAACAUAACCAAUGUUCAUACCUGGUAAAUACUACUGGCCUACCAGUAUUGACACCACUAAGCAUAGUGCUUCGGAGAAAUUAUGCUGAGAAACAAGUCUUUGAAAGAACAAAACCACAUUGUAAUGUUGGUACCAUUGGCCAUGUUGACCAUGGAAAAACUACUUUAACUGCUGCUAUUACUAAAGUAUUAUCUGACCUAAAUUUGGCUCAAAAGAAAGGCUACACAGAUAUAGAUAAUGCUCCUGAAGAGAAGGCCCGUGGAAUUACUAUUAAUGUUGCCCAUGUUGAAUAUCAGACAGAACAAAGACAUUAUGGUCAUACUGAUUGUCCAGGGCAUGCUGAUUAUAUCAAGAACAUGAUUACUGGAACGGCGCAAAUGGAUGGUGCAAUUCUUGUUGUAGCUGCCACUGACGGUGUGAUGCCACAAACUCGGGAACAUCUGUUACUUGCUAAACAGAUCGGAAUCCAACAUGUGGUAGUAUUCAUCAAUAAAGUUGAUGCUGCUGAUGAGGAGAUGGUGGAACUUGUUGAAAUGGAAAUUCGUGAACUCAUGACUGAAAUGGGAUAUGACGGUGAUAAUACGCCUGUUAUAAAAGGGUCUGCAUUAUGUGCUCUAGAAGGUAAAAAUCCUGAAAUUGGCUCUGAAGCUAUAACCAAGCUGCUACAAGAAGUGGACGCAUUCAUACCUACCCCUGUUCGGGAAUUAGAUAAGCCUUUCCUUUUGCCUGUAGAAUCUGUGCAUUCUAUACCUGGUAGAGGCACUGUUGUCACUGGAAGAUUACACAGAGGUGUUUUAAAGAAAGGUACGGAAUGUGAAAUUGUUGGUCAUGGAAAAGUAAUGAAAACCACUGUUACUGGAGUUGAAAUGUUCCAUAAAACAUUGGAAGAAGCUCAAGCUGGAGAUCAAUUGGGUGCUCUUGUGCGUUCUAUUAAGAGAGAACAAAUUAAACGUGGAAUGGUAAUGGCAAAACCUGGUACAGUUAAAGCUCAUGACAAUUUAGAAGCGGCAGUGUACAUUUUAAGUAAAGAAGAGGGUGGUCGGUCAAAACCCUUCACAUCAUUUAUACAACUACAAAUGUUUUCCAUGACUUGGGAUUGUGCUACACAAGUAAACAUUCCAGAAAAAGAAAUGGUAAUGCCUGGUGAAGAUGCUACGUUACAUCUACGUUUACUAAAGCCAAUGGUUUGUGAAGCUGGUCAAAGAUUCACUUUACGAUUGGGAGAUUUGACAUUAGGAACUGGUGUCAUCACUAAAAUAAAUAAAAAUCUUAGCGAAGAUGACAGAAUAAAGCUCUUGGAAGGAAAGAAGGCACGAGAAAAGGCUGCAGCGAAGAAGUAA